AUGGCGGGCACAUUUCGAAAAGUCGUCAAGGCUACAUUCCUCGUCACCAAGAAGGAGGGACUCAGUGACGAGGAGUUCCGGCAGCAUUACACCGAUAUUCACGCCCCCAUGGCUCUCGGGGUCUGCAAGCGACACGGCGUUCUUGAUUACUCAAUUGCUGAGAAGGAAGUAGCCCGUGCUGCUCUUGGGGGAAACGCCAACUUUAUUGACUGUGAUGCCAUCACAACGUUCGUCUUCCCAGACAUGCAAUCUCUCAUUGCAGCGUUUGCGGAUCCAGAAUAUGAGGCACGGCUGGGUCCAGACGAGGCAACGUUCUCCGAUCGGCUGAAAUCGCGGUUCGCCGUGAGCGAUGAAUUCUCGGUGCUUGUGAACGGACAGGAGCAGACCAAAUGA